AUGCUGAGAGCUAUCAUUAACUGGUUCACCAUGGCAAUCCCAGAAAACAACUCGCUGAAGGCAGCUGACUUCGCUUCCGACGCGGCACAUGAACAAUCACAGUCCGCUCUCUUCUCCGUCCUGCCUGGUGAGAUUCGAAUGACAAUCUGGAACUAUGCUCUCGCCGAUUAUCAAGACGAGACCCAGCUGUACGACGAUGCGACAUGUUACAAGCGACCAGACUAUUUUGCGCCCAGAAAGACUGACACAGUAUUACUGCGAACAUGCAAGCGCAUCUAUCAGGAAGCUUGGUUCCUACCAUGGACUAAUGCCGAACAAACCUUCUACCUCACCUCAACAGAUCGAAGGCCACCACGCACAACCACUCCGAGAGAAAUGCAGCAAAUCCUACUGGCCAUCUCCAAAACACAGACCAUGCCUAUCAUACAGCAUGUGCGUGUCUUUCCUCAGCUGUAUGCUCUAGAGAACGGACAAAGACUUCAGGACAUUCUCAAUCUCCGCUUCUUCUAUCCUAAAGUCAUAACCAUCACCAUCAGGCAUACCGACUGGUGGUUCUGGGAGAGUGACAACAAUCUCCACUUCGACGCUACUUGGGUCGACUUCUGCAGAUUCCCAAACAGCCUGACAGAACUCCGCGUGGCUUUUGAGAGCCUCGAGCGUAAGAAAGAUCAGAUUGACGACGUCGUAAACCAAGCCAUGGAGGGCUGGGUCUUCCGCCGCAAGGAUGAUACUGAGCUAUCAGCCCGUGACUGCGAGCCUGGAAUCAUGAGGUGGAGUGGAAGUUCGACUUGGGGACAUCACCGUUGGAUACGCGACGAAACCGGUCCAAACAAACUGGACUACUACGUAUCCACUGUCAUCUGGAGACCUGUAAGCUCGACCAGCAACAGAGGAGAAGCCUCUAGUGCUCAUGUGGCGGGAAGCAGAAGAUUUCCCAAUCUGGACGCUAUCGGAUACUCCCAACUCGACGACCCGAUAUCAAGUGUGCCUAUCAGCUUCAUACGAAACGCUGACAUGCCUCUCGAUGCUCCUACCGAAGAUGUUCGCCGCCUCCUAGAACCGCCCGACGAGGAGAGACAAGACGAUAGUGAUGAUUUCGAGGACUUCGAAGAUGAGUCUGAGCAAGAUGACACCGAUGCUGAAGAUGACGAGUUCAUGCACGUCGAGUCUGGAGAAGACUGA